UGUACAAUAAAAUAGAAAAACCAAACACAUUUCCCCAUCGAUAAUAAUACAACAUUUAUGCAAAUUCAAGGUCCACGAUAUUAUUUACUAUCUGGAAAUCAGGUUACAAUACCUAAAAGUACUUUUAUGAAAUUCCAAAUGAAUCAGCGAUUAUCUGUAGUAUGUACUACUACCCCUAUAAAACUCGUGGAUGAAUCACUAUUCAUUUCAAACUGCAACUGAGUCCAGAUCACAAUGAACGUAUUAAUUCUACUCAUUUUAUUUCAUGAAGCCCUCUCUACUGAUAACAGUCUUUAUCACCACACACACAAUUCAGGAUUGACUAAUGGCUACUCUUGCCUAGGAGACUGCGUAAACAAUGGAUGCAUCUACGACUGGUGGGGCCACAAAGAUACCUGCACUGUGAGCCAAGUUCCAUCUCCAGUCUUCAAAACUAUCAAAGGAACGAACUGCUACAGCAAUUGUGGAGUCUUCAACGCCGAGCCCUUCGCCUGGUGUGCUACCUUAGUAGAUAAUUCUAUCAGUUGGGAAUACUGUACUAGAUACGAAGCAAGAACUGCCAUUAAGCGAACCCAGACAGAUAACUACUUGUACAUAUGUACUGAUGAUUGUACCAAACGGAAAGAAACUUACAACUGGUGUCACACCCAUAAUUCCUGGGAAAAAUGCGACCCAGAACAUGAGGUACUAGUUUUCAACUAUCCAACAGAAAAAUACAACGAUGAAUGCAUUUCAAGGUGCGUGUUGUACAAAGGCGACUAUAAGUGUUACGACAAGAACAAAGAUUGGAAAAAGUGCUAUUUAAAUCCAGAUAAAAGUCUGAUAUUAUUUCAGUUUGGUCAAAACAUUAACACAGCUUUGCAGUACUUUGGUAUUUUGGAUGAAUCUGGAUAUGAGCAAUGUUCUGAGUCGGAGUAUAGAAAGAAGCGGGCGAUAAAUUCACAAUGGCCUUAUAUAGAGAGUGUAAAAGAUUUGGUAGCAGAGUUUGAAUCCGGGUUUCCAACUAUCGUUCCUAAUGAUGGGGGGCCAGUCCAGUCAUAUACAGUGCUACCGAUUACUGUUCCUGGUCAAGAUGAUAUCAUAAUACCUUUGGCUAUACGAGCUGUGAUUACGAGGAAUCAUCUCCGGCCGCCUGGUACCCGAGGGAACAUUCCGUCUACCGUCACAAGGAAUAUCGCAAUGAUGCAUCCUUACACAGCGCGGUUGGAUGGCAACAAUGAUGAGCGUGCGCACCUCUUAGCGUCCGUGCUUGGGGGAGCCAUGGAGCCAUACAACUUUAUUCCACAACCGAGAUCCUUCAAUCGUGGCCGUGGUUCUAGAUGGUAUUUUCUUGAAGGUCUGAUUGCUCGGUUUCUCAGAGAACGAGGCCGACCUGGACGGUAUGUAGACUGGCAGAUGGCUCUUGCGUAUGACGUGUACUCAGAUCGCCCAAACCGGCCAUUAUCAGUUUCUCUGAGUGUGGGGAUGUAUGAGGCGGACGGUACGCUAAACGUCACGUCGGGGGUAUAUGAAAACUUGUAUUUCUCUAAUAAUCCUUUGUGGACUUGUCGCACCUUCUUUUCUGGAAGCGGUUAGAACCGAUUACCUAUGUGUGACCACUUAUGUGUGUAUUGUAUAAAAAAAUAUGUAGUAGGUAAACAUUAUUUUUUAUUACAAAACUAUUCCUUACGAUUCCAAAAAAAUACGUAGUUUAGAUGUAACGUACCUUCCUGUAAUAAAUAAAAAAAAUAAAUGUUAUAAUUUUAUUGAAAUAAUGGAAUAUAUUUUUAAUUUAAAAUACGCAACAUAUUAAUUUCAGUUAACAUUAAUAUGUUGUGUAUAUUUCGUAAGAAAUACUCUGUAAAGUGGAAUUUGCAUGUUUAUGUUACUGCAGUGCUGUAUCCUACUAUAAAAUUGUAUUUGAGGUAAGUAUAGGUAUGUGUGUACCGAGAAGCGCUGGUGGCCUAGCGGUAAGAGCGUGCGACUUUCAAUCCGGAGGUCGCGGGUUCAAACCCCGGCUCGUACCAAUGAGUUUUUCGGAACGUAUGUACAAAAUAUCAUUUGAUAUUUACCAGUCGCUUUUCGGUGAAGGAAAACAUCGUGAGGAAACCGGACUAAUCCUAACAAGGCCUAGUUCCCCCUCUGGGUUGGAAGGUCAGAUGGCAGUCGCUUUCGUAAAAA